AUGGAUAGUGUUGUGUACAGCCUGAAUUACAACAUAGCCGAGUUAAGAUACAGUCUGAAUAGGAAAGAGUUCACUGUUCACGUGAGUACGGACGGAGAGACAUUUGAUGCCGUGGUCAGUUUCGAAUUUGUUAAAGAAUUAUUGGAUGAUGAGAACGGUUUUUAUGCGAUGCAGCAGAUACUUGAUCAUAUGAUUAAAUUGAGAAUUACGCGAGACAUUGAAGGAAAAUGUGUGAUACAAGUUUGUAAACGACGGCGGAAAUUGAUACAAUGGAAGUUCCAAGAAGAGUUCCAAACAUUAUUUAGACGUGUGCCAGAAUAUAUUGACUGCCCGAAUAGCGAUUUCGACUGUUCAAACUGGGUUGAUAUCGAACGACAGGGUGACCGAAAAUUGGCUUCAAUUGGAGCUUCUUCGAAAGUGAUUCGAUUUUUCGUUUGGAAUUAA